AUGCCUGAGUCUAUCGAGUCUGAUCCCAAUCACUAUCCCAAGAUCCAGUUCCGCAACCCGCCCUUCACCUUUCAUCGUUCUCUCGCGCGGUUCUGUAUCCCUCUAUCCAAGUUUACAAAGCUAUCGAGCAAUCAAGGCAAGAGGAUACGUGCGAGCGUGGUCAUAUCCGAGCCUUACCUCCCGGGGACAUCGAAUGAAGGUCCUGGAUCAAGUGCAACGACACCCUUCGUGUCUCGGCUCCUCGUGGUCCAGCGCUCGGCUCAUGAUGCAGCUUUUGCGAAUAACUGGGAGCUCCCAGGAGAACAUGCAGAGUUUGGUGUCGACCAAACGUUGCUGGAGACUGUGGUGAGGGGAACGAGGGAAAAGACAGGGCUAAGGGUAACCGGAAUCAAGAGGGAACUCAAAGGCUUGGAAUACCACCUGUCAGGCGGAGGAGUGAGCAAGCAGUUCGUGUUUUGGGUCGACGUGCAGGGUCUGGAGGGCACGAGGGGGGUUCAAAGUGUCCAAGGUUCACAUAUGGAGGGAGAAUCAAUGCGGACUCUGAUCCGGCUCGAUCCUAUCGAGCAUCAAGCUUGGAAAUGGGUGUCUGAACGUGAUGUCGAUGGUCUUCACACGACGGCAGAGACGAAGGAGUGUAUACUCAGUGCUUUGACGGUGAUAGGGCAAGGAAGCAAGUGA